AUGUCGGAUCCACUGGACGAAAAUCCAAAUAAAAUCAUUCCAUUCGAUAUGAAUGAUUUAAGACAAAGGCAAGAAAAAGAUAAGAUAGUACAAGACAUAAAAAAGAAAAGUCGAAGUAAGAAAAAUUAUUUUAUUGAAAAUGGUAUACUAUUUAGAAAACAACAGCUGCCACUUUCAUCAAUACCAUUUGUUCCAGCCGGACGAAUACGUACUGAUAUAUUAAAAAUUUAUCAUGACACACCCGGUAAUGGAGCUCAUUUUGGGCGUGAUAAAACAACAAGAAAAAUUCAAGAACGUUAUCAUUGGCCAACAAUGAUAACUGAUAUUAGAAAUCACUUAAAUUCAUGUCUACCAUGUGCACAAAACAAUCAUCAUCGUCAAAAAUUACCAGGAGCAUUAAAACCAAUAAAACCACCAGAAGGAAUUUGGAAAUUAUUAAGUAUGGAUUUUCAUGGACCGAUAGCUCCAACAUCCAAACAAGGAAAUAGAUAUAUUAUAUCUCUGACAGAUAUAUUAUCAAAAUUUGUAGUUGCAAAAGCUGUUCGGGAUUGUUCAGCAACAACAGCUGUAAAAUUUCUUAUCAAUGAUGUUAUUUUAAAAUAUGGAACUCCAACAUGUAUUUUAACUGAUAAUGGUACUCAUUUUACUGCUCAAAUUAUGAACAAUUUGCUUCAACACCUUGGGAUUACUCAUUUAUAUUCUACAGUGUAUCAUCCCCAAACAAAUGGACAAAUCGAACGAUUUAAUGCUACAAUGGACGGUAAAAUUGCAGCGUUAUGUAAUGAACGACGUACAAAUUGGGAUGAAGUACUACAAUAUGUUACAUUUAAUUACAAUACAUCAAUACACGCAACAACAAAACAAACACCAUUUGAAAUGAUGCAUGGACGACAAGCUAUUCUUCCAUUCGACCAACAAAAGGAAAUAAUUUCGCUCACACAAGAUUCAGAGCAUGGCGAAAAAAUUAGAAUUUAUCUUGAAAAAUUAGUACAUGAAGCUCGAAACAAUAUUAUAAAAAAUCAACAGCAAUACAAGACUCGAUAUGAUUUGAAUAGACAAAAUUUAUCAUUGAAAUAA